CAAGUGCAUCGCCAAACACGGCCUUAACCCAACAUUACACUCAGAAGUAAAAAACCGCACGUGAGAACUGAUGUAAACGCGUGACAAAUUUGGCUAAGUCUUACACAGGUUGUUCCGUGUUCGGCUUUGCUGUGUCCCUCAUUUCAGAUUUUACACUCAGAAUUGAACUCAGAGAAGUAAGCACACAGGCUCGAUCAAAUAAGGAACUUCGAGUUGGGGAGGCAGAAUAGACGAAAACAAAGAAGAAUAAACUCCAAGUUCGUAGACCCAUACUCUUCGAAACCAGUUUAAACUAAAAUGAUGGUUGACCAUCAUUUUACUCGCAUCGACACCAUUGAGCUGAAAGAUCUUAUAUAUCAGAAGAUUGGUCGCCAAAGAGCGGAAAAGUACUUCGAUCAGCUACAUAGAUAUUUAGGUUCAAAGCUUAGCAAGGUUGAAUUUGAUAAGAGCUGCAUACAGACGAUUGGGAGAGAGAAUAUCCCUCUUCAUAAUCGGCUGAUUCGAUCGAUCGUCCAAAACGCAUGUCAGGCUAAAGUUCCCCCUCAGAAAGCACGAAAUGUUGACGUUAGAGUUGCAAAUGGUUACCAGAGGAAUUGUCUGCAGUCUGUUUACGGUGAUGCAUUUCCUCAGUCACCUCGCAAGUGUAGGUCUCCCUUCAACAGGGAUCGCAAGGUCCGAGAUCGGCCAAGCCCUCUUGGUCCGCUGGGUAAGAGUCCUAGCAUCACGUGUGAAGAAACGGUUUCAAGAAUACAAGAACAACAAAGUGUGGCGGAAGUGCAUUGUCUGUGUAGCAGGCCUCCAAUGGAUGUCACAUCAGUGGAAGAAGGGGAAGAGGUUGAACAGUUCUCUGGAAUCCCCAGUUCUCAGAGCUGGAGAUCUGUUACUGCUCCUUUUGGUGUUUCUGUUAACAUGGAUGGUGCUCAUAAAGCUUGUCGUUCUAGUUUUUCGUAUCAUCACAGUUUUCUGGAGGCUUGUCAGAAUAGUGGCGAGUUACCUGACACGAGAUCUUUAAGGAGUCGUUUGCUGAAGAAGUUGGCAUCAGAGGGAGUUGGAAUUUCAAUGGAUAGUGCUAAUCUAUUAAAUAACAGCUUGGAUGUAUUUUUGAAGAAAUUAAUUGAGCGCUGUAUAGGCAUUGCCAGAUCACGGUGUACAGAUCCUCAUAUUCUUGGAAAAAAGUUGGACAGUCAAAUGAUGUCCGGAUUCAACAGAAUAAUACCUGGAAAAGAUGCACAAGUACUAACACAACCGACAUUUGUUAGUAUGCUGGAUUUUCGUGUUGCGAUGGAGUCAGAUCCUGUUAUACUUGGGGAAGACUGGUCUGUCCAACUUGAGAAGAUCUGCCAUUACGCCUUAGAGUAAACUACACGAUUUUGGGAGCAACUCAUAUGUCAAGCUAAACCAAAUGAAUUUCUAGAUUUGAAAGUUAGCAGCCAUAUUUUUCACAUGGCAUUCCCAAGAAUUGCCAUGGAAAGCAAGUAGUUAAUCAUUAACAAAGCAGGAAAUCAGUUUGCGGGCUGCCUAUAGAAGUCAACAGUGUUAGCUGCUAGGAAGGGGAAUAUAUAUACAAGCAAGUUUUACUCAUUUGAUAGUUUUAACACCUCACAGCUGAGUUUUGUAUCUCAUUUAUGUUGCAUUGUGGAAUAAUUUGUUUAGUAAAUAUUAGCAUCUGUCUUCAUUGCUGCCUGUAGUUGUAUUUCGAGGAAAGAAAGAAACAAAUGUUGAAAGUCGUUACGAGUU